AUGAUUCAAAAUAAAGACAUGGACAAAGGAAUAGUUAAAAAUGAUGGAAAUGUGGAAAAAAUAGAAACAUCAGGAGUUUUGAAUUCACCUGAUUUUCUUGAUAUAGAUAAAAAUAAUAUUAAAAGAAAAGCUGAUUAUAUCGAUGGAGUAUUUGAAGGAUUAAAUAAAAAAAAUAUUUCAAAUAGUAAUAUUGUUUCAACAAGUUUACUAGAUAAGAAACAACAAAAAGAUCAUGAUAAAAUUAAUAUGAUGAAUAAUAUAUCAGAUUUAAAAAAAAAUGAAACAUCAUUUACCAAAUUACUUAAUGAAAAUAAUAAUCAAUGUAAUUCAUUUAAAGAAGAUAAAACAAAUAAUAGUAAAAAAAUUUGUGUAUUAAAUAAUCCGGAUGAAGAAGAAAAAAAAAAAAAAAAAAAGGAGGAUAAAUAUGACAAUAAAUUAAAGGAUAAAUCAAAUGAAAGUCUAAAUAAUAAUUCAGAAGAUAAAUUAAUUAAUAAUUUAAACAAUAAAAAGGAUAUUAAAAAGGAUAUGAAUAAAGGAAUAUAUAAAGAUAGUCAAAAUAAUAUACCCGAUUUAGUGAAUGAAAAGGAAUCCAUAAUAUAUCCUAAAAAUAUAGAUGAUAAUAACACAAAUGAUAAUAUAAAUAAAAAUAUAGAUAAUAACACAAAUGAUAAUAUGAAUAAUAUUAAAGAAGAAGAAAGUAAUAAUCAUAAAAUACAUAAUUCAAAUGAUCAAAAUAAAAAUACCAUAUCUAAAUCAUCUACAUUUCAUCACUCUUCACAAAACAUAAAUAAAAUAAAUGAUUAUCUUACUGAAAGAAAAAACAGUCAGAAAACCACCGUCUUUGUAGGUGAAAAAAUGCAAAAGAUAAAAGCAGAUUUUAAAUAUGGAGAAGAAGUUACACCAAAGAUUCAAAAUAAAACUGUUUAUGAAUCACAAAAUGAAACAAUAAGCAAUACAGAUGCUAAGUCUAGUGAAAGAUUAAUUGAAAAAAAACAAGAAAAAACUGUUUUUACCGCACAAAGAUGUGAAAAAAGUACUGCAGAUGCAAGAGCCAAUGAAAAAAUGGUUGAAAGGAAACCAGAAAAAACCAUAUUUGAAUCACAAAGAUGCGAAAAAAGUACUGCAGAUGCACGAGCUUGUGAAAAAAUGGUUGAAAAGAAACCAACAAAAACAAUAUUUGAGGCACAAAGAUGUGAAAAGAGUAAUGCAGAUGCAAGAGCUAGCGAAAAAUUGGUUGAACGAAAACCUGAAAAAACAAUAUUUGAGGCACAAAGAUGUGAAAAGAGUACGGCAGAUGCAAGAGCUAGUGAAAAAUUAAUUGAAAGAAAACAAGAAAAAACAAUAUUUGAGGCACAAAGAUGUGAAAAGAGUAAUGCAGAUGCAAGAGCUAGCGAAAAAUUAGUUGAACGAAAACCUGAAAAAACAAUAUUUGAAUCUCAACAAUGUGAAAAGAGUAAUGCACAUGCAAGGGCUAGUGAAAAGCUGAUUGAAAAGAAAUCAGAGAAAAGUAUAUACGAAUCUCAACAGUGUGAAAGAAGUAAUGCAGAUGCAAGAUCAUCUGAAAAAUUAAUUGAAAGGAUACCAGAAAAAACAGUGUUUGAAUCUGAACAGUGUGAGACUAGUACUGCAGAUGCAAGAUCAUGUGAAAAAUUAAUUGAAAAGAAAUCAGAAAAAACAGUGUUUGAAUCUGAACAGUGUGAAACGAGUACUGCAGAUGUAAGAUCAUGUGAAAAAUUAAUUGAAAAGAAAUCAGAAAAAACAGUGUUUGAAUCUGAACAGUGUGAGACUAGUACUGCAGAUGCAAGAUCAUGUGAAAAAUUAAUUGAAAAGAAAUCAGAAAAAACAGUGUUUGAAUCUGAAAAGUGUGAAAAGAGUACUGCAGAUGUGAGAUCAUGUGAAAAAUUAAUUGAAAGGAAACCCGAAAAAACAAUAUUUGAGGCACAAAGAUGUGAAAAAAGUAAUGCAGAUGCACGUGCAUGCGACAAAUUAGUUGAAAAGAAACCACAAAAAACAAUAUUUGAGGCACAGAGAUGUGAGAAAAGUACUGCAGAUGCAAGAGCUAGUGAAAAAUUAAUUGAAAGAAAACCAGAAAAAACGAUAUUUGAGGCACAAAGAUGUGAAAAGAGUACUGCAGAUGCAAGAGCUAGCGAAAAAUUGGUUGAAAAGAAACCAACAAAAACAAUAUUUGAGGCACAACGAUGUGAAAAGAGUACGGCAGAUGCAAGAGCUAGUGAAAAAUUAAUUGAAAGAAAACAAGAAAAAACAAUAUUUGAGGCACAACGAUGUGAAAAAAGUAUUGCAGAUGCACGUGCAUGCGAUAAAUUAGUUGAAAGAAAACCAGAAAAAACAAUAUUUGAGGCACAAAGAUGUGAAAAGAGUACUGCAGAUGCAAGAGCUAGCGAAAAAUUGGUUGAAAAGAAACCAACAAAAACAAUAUUUGAGGCACAACGAUGUGAAAAAAGUACUGCCGAUGCAAGAGCUAGCGAUAAAUUAUGUGAUAAAGUAGGUAAUGUGCAUGUUUUUGAAUCUCAACAAUGUAAGGAAAUUAUAACUGAUUUUCGAUCAUCUGAUAAAAUAAAAGAAGUUAUGAAAAGAAAUUUGACUGACGAGUGUCACAAUAUUUAA